CAAACAGAGUUUAUUGCUGAGAAUACCAAAUUUUCUUUUUAUAAAUAUAGCUAAAAUAAUUAUAAAAAAUAUUAAAAUUAAAGUGGAAAUUAACAUUUUUCUGAACAUAUGUAAUACAUAAAUCGAAAUUAUAAAACUCGACAAUUGUCAUUAUCAGUGUUAAAACCUUGCGUGUGUGUUUAAAGUGACUGAAAAUCAAAAUAAUUUUUUUAGAUUUGAAUUUUCGGUAAAAGAGGAUAAAAGAUACAGGAAGGAAUCGUAAAAAGGAGGUAUAGAAAAGUUUUAAAAAAUGAAUAAUGAGCACUACGAUGAGAUAGGUAGGACGGAGGACUUCUCAAUGAUGGAUGAUAUACCAUGUUUUGCCGAGGAAGUAAUAUUACAUACAGAAGCUGAUUUACAUGGACACGAAGAGAUGACUGAAGGAGUUGCAUUAAAUAAUAUCUACGAAGUAGCGCUGGAAAAUGAAAUUUACUUAGACCAAGGACCGUCAUUAAAAUAUGGAUCUCGAAAAUCAACUUCGAAACAACGUAUUGUCAAUAGAAGUCUCCCAUCAACAUCAUCAUCAAUGAUUCCACAACCGCCGACAGAAAACAUUGAGCUGGAUAAUAUAAACAUCAUAGAGCCGAGCGAAUCAAAAUCAAGGAGAUGGAAACAGAGACAAGUACAAAUAAAAACAAUGGAAGGUGAAUUUAGUGUAACAAUGUGGGCAUCCUCAGAAACUGACGACGAAGAUGGUUCAAAUCCUGAAGUCGAUCCCGAUUAUACUGAAUAUAUGAAUAGUAAACGAAUUGUACAAGAUCCUCCACUACCAAUCACAGGAGUAGAUUUGUCUGAUCCGAAGCAGCUUGCAGAAUUCGCAAAACCUGUCAACAAACUUAAAAUUAAGAAGGAGCCAAAUACAAAUGAACACGAAAUCAGAAGCAUUGCAUGUCCCCAUAAAGGCUGUAGUAAAAUGUUUAGAGAUAAUUCAGCAAUGAGGAAACAUUUGCAUACACAUGGACCUCGUGUGCAUGUCUGUGCUGAAUGUGGAAAGGCAUUCGUUGAAAGUUCAAAAUUGAAAAGGCAUCAGCUUGUGCAUACAGGAGAAAAACCAUUUCAGUGUACUUUUGAAGGCUGCGGCAAGAGAUUCUCGCUUGAUUUUAAUUUACGAACUCAUGUUCGCAUUCAUACUGGUGAUCGUCCUUAUGUUUGUCCAUUCGAUGGAUGCAAUAAGAAAUUUGCCCAAUCAACAAAUCUGAAAUCUCACAUUCUCACUCACGCCAAAGCCAAAAGGAAAAAUUCAGGAAGCCGUAAUGUCAUACAGCAGCAACAAGCAGCACAACAGCCACAAUAUAAUGAAGAAAUGGAUGAAAGUCCGCAAUAUAUAAUAUACACAGAAUAGUAAUGCAUGCUGAUUGAUACAGUAGACAAGACCUGAAUGAAUUGAAAUAUUUUUUCACAUAUUGAUAAAAAAUAUAAUAAUAAUUUUGAGAACACAAUGAAAUGUUCAAUAGUUAAUUCCUGAAAAAGAAAAGAAAGAUUUUAAAUGAUAAGAAGGAUUAAGAAUAAUGACAUAGAAAAGUGAUUCAGUUUCUUUUAUGCUUAAGUUCUUUAAUAGAAUGCAUGAGGCAAGUUUAAAGUGUCACAUACACGAAAGGAAUCCCAAAAUUGUCGAAAAUGUUUUAAUUAUAUGCGACCAUUAUCAGAUACAUGAUUAGUGCAUUCUCAACUAAAAAAAAAAGAUCUUUCAUUUCAUUUUAUUAUUAAAUUAUCAUGUUUUUCCCUUUCUGUUCCCAGUCUGUCUCUUGAUCAAAAGAAUCACUUUUUUAUUUCUGAAUUACCAAUCGGCUCUUUCAUUUGUGGGCAUAAACACAACAAAACAAACGAAAGAAUGCAAAAACAGUACGAGAAUUAUUGAAUGCGAAUUCUGAUUGUAGUCGCUUUAAUCUUAAUUUUAUUAAUUUUUUUGUAAUUAAUUAUCUAACUUAUAAGGAUGGAUUAUAAAAGGAAUCGAAUUUGAGCUGAAAAUAUUGA